AUGCGCGGUAUCAUUAUCUUAUCCAUAAUUGCAACCGUUUGUGCCGGUCAAAUGGGUUAUGAUUAUAAACCCGUUCAGACAUCAAUGUCUUCACUAAACCCCAUUCCCGCCCAUAGAGAUGAAAUUCCAAGUGGUUCUGGUUCCCAUACAGAAUUUUAUACGUUCUCCGCUCCAGAGGAUGAAUUCAAUGAUGCCAGUGAAUUACAACGUGCUUUAGGAAAUGCCAAACCAAAACUACGUGUUGUCUUCAUAAAAACCCCGGAGAACAAAGCUUUGGAAAAUGCCGCCUUGGCAUUGGCCAAACAAGCUGCCCAACAAAAAACCGCCAUCUAUGUUCUCAACAAACAAACCGAUGUCGGGGAAUUGGCUAACAAAUUUAAUGCGAUUCAAAAGGGAGCUGCGCCGAAACCUGAAGUUCAUUUUGUUAAAUAUCGUACUGCUGAAGAUGCCGUUCAUGCUCAACACACCAUUCAAAGUCAAUAUGAUUCGUUGGGUGGACAAUCGCGUAAUAUUAAUGGUGGUUUGGCAACGGUUCUUAAUUUUGCAUCUCAAAGUAUGGAAGUUGUUGCUCAUGUCAAUUCCCCAAAGAAUGCCUACUUGCCCUCUAUGGUGUUGCGUCUUUAA